CGAGCGUUGGGACAGCACCCAGUUAUAGCGGUACACAAGAGGAGCUGGUUCUUCGAAGCGAGGUCGUCAGUGAAGAAGCCAGCACGUCGAUCUGGCCCGUUUACAGUAUUGGCCGACGCCACGGCCCGCAAAGAAGAGGCGCCGGCAACGCCACUCACUGACGCCAGCUACGGUCGACUGCGAAAAAUGAGCCUUCGUCGCAGCAACCGAUAGCGGCAUGAUGGUCGUCGGUCGAAGGGACAUGCGCAAUGCACUUUGCAGUGUGAGUGCCAUGUCAGAUCCAAUGCAAUGGUCAGCGGUGGUCGACGCACGCCAGGCGCCUUGUUGGGUGCCACAAGGGGAAAUCGUAAGAAACGCUGGGCCGACCACCGAGACGAGAGAGCGACUUGCAGGUCACGUGUCCAUCCUGAAGCUCAACGAAUUACAAACAAUUGGGCAUCGAUUGUUGUGAAGGAAUUUUCUUUAUAGCCAAUCCGUGCAACGGAAAGCGCCAGCACGACAUACGAUUGGCCACAGCGAAAAAGGCAAAAAGUAUGACCAGCGUCGCCGAACUCGCGUGGCGCCAGGACUGGGACGCCGUGCGACGCAGCGUCGAGGCCGGCGCCGACGUCAACGCACCCUUUUUUGGCAAGACGGCGCUGCAGUGGGCUGCGUACCAUGGGGACAACACGACGCUUGCCGCGCUCGCCGGCGCCCCCGCGAUUGAGAUCGACGCGCGCGACCUCGAGAAUGCAUGCACGGCGCUGCACUGGGCUGUGCUCAAGUCCAACCUCGAAGCCGUCCAUGUGCUCCUCGCCGCCCAUGCCAACGCGCACGCCGUGACGCAGGACGGACAAACGCCACUGCAGCUCGCGAUUGCAACCAACGCGCACGCCAUCGCCGACCGGCUCCAAGACGCCAUGAACAUGCCACCGGUCAAGGAGGAACUUGAUGGAAAAGGCGGCGCGCGGCUCAGCUUUAUCCGCACGGGCGACGUCGCCCGCGUCCACGCAUGGCUCGCGCAGGCUGCCGACACUGUCAUCGAAAGCCGCGAUGACAGCGACAAGACACCGCUGAUGCUCGCGGCCGCCGGCGGGCACCACACGAUCGUCGAACUCCUUUUGGAACGGGGCCCAGACGUCGACGCCACCGACGCGAUGGGCAGGACCGCCCUCAUGUAUGCUGCGCUGAGCGGCCACCCCAUCAUCCUGGACAUGCUCCUGGGCCACUUUGCCGAUAUGGAUGUGGUUGACAAUGACGGCGCCUCGGUGCAGCUGCUCUUGCAUGCGCAGCUCUCGGACAAGAGCCACUCGGCGUCGGAGCUCGCACGCUUCCAACGCUGCCUUGCGACGCUGCAAAAAGAGGCCCAGUACCGGGAGACGUCGACCGCCUACCGCAUGAAGGUCCGCGCGUCGAUUCUCAAACGCAUGGAGCAAGGGUUUGAUGCAACUGUCUUCAAGAUGGCCGUGCACUGCGACCCGUCGCUCGGUCGGUGGUGCCUCAACCACGCCCUCAUUGUGGACCGCCACGCCUUGAGCUUUCACGAGCUCGAAAAAAUCUAUGGUACCCGGGGGGUCAAGAAAAGCCCGCUGUACACGCUGCUACACUUGCCGAGCGACGAAGCGUACGAAGCACAACGCAUUUGCUUGGAUCACCUCGUCAUGCGGCGCGUGCUCGACCUCAAGUGGGAGUUGUUUGGCCAACGAAUGUUCAUCGAACGUGUCCUCAUGUACGGGCUCUUUGUGACGACCAUGACCAUCUCUGCCUCUCUCGACGACUCGAACCGAAAGCAGCCCGACGUGAUCCUGUCAUUCUCCGCCGUCAAUUGGGCUGUCGUCGUGCUCUUCCUUGUGUGCGGUUGGCUCGGCGCCCAGGCCCUCCGCCCGUCGAUGCUCUGGCGCCUCGCCCGGUACUUUGUCGACGGUCGCUGCACAGCGUACGACGGCCUUGUGCAAGUGACUGCGUCCGACAAGCGCAAAGCGAAGUGGCUCAUUCUUGCCUUGACGGUCAGUAUCGCUAUAGCUGGCUGUGUGCCGGCGUGCUGGCUCCUCCUCAGCAUCAACCUCGACGACUGGUUCUUGCCGUUCAAGAUCGUCAACCUCGCGCUCCUCUUUUGCACGGCCUUGUACUUUCUCAGCACCGAGCUCCGCGAGCUGCGCGGCGACACGGCCGCCCUGCUCGACCCAACGGACAAGAGCAAGCGCGUGCGCUGGUCGUCGUCGACGUACCUCACGUCGUUCGUCAACUGGUACCGCCUUUUGGUCUACUUGAUCAUCGCGAUUGGCUACGUGCCGUGGGAAAUUGGCGCCUACGGUGUCGUGGUGCCGACGUUUUGGCACAUUUGCCUCGGCACGUUCUUAUCGCUCUCGCUUUGGGUGCUCUCGCUCGAGUUUUUGCAAGUGCAUCCCACGACGGGCUACCUCUUGCCCAUGAUCCAAGGUCUCCUCGUCGACGUUGGCAACUUUAUCUUGCUCUACGGCGUCUUGCAGUGGGGGCUUUCAUGUGCCUACCUCCACAUAGUGCAGCACGACGCAGACGCCACGGGGUUUGGCAUUUGGUUUCGCGCGUUUACGUUUGCGUACUUUGCGCUCUUUGGGGAAUUUCGCCUUGAUGAAAACUUCAAGUCGGACGACAGCGUGCUCUUGACGUACUUCCGCAUCCUCGCGCAGGUCCAAGCGGCGAUCGCGUCCGUCUUGCUCAUGAACAUGCUCAUCGCGAUGAUGAACAAGCGCGUGCUGGAAGGGCUCGAGAAGGCCAAGAUCCAAGCGCUUGCCAGCUACGCCAAGUGCAUCCUUCGGCUGGAAAUGGCCAUGUCGCCGUCGACGCAAGCCAAGGUCAUGCACCUCGCCGACGUCGACGGGCACGAGUGCUUGAACCCUCUCUUCUUUACGCCGCUGGCCCGAACCGAGGUGGCGCUGAGUCCCGACGAUUUGGUGACGAUCGACACGCUCAAGACGCACCAGCUGUCGUGGCGGCGGGUCCUCGAGAGUCUCCAGUCGCUGCUGCUCGAGCAGCUCGAGCCAACACAUCUCUUUGAGACGUGCGAGCAGCUACUGACGACGCAGUUUAGCCUUUUUAUGCACAAGCCGCAUGUGAAUCUGCUCAGCGCGCCGAGCCUCUUGGCGCAGCUGGUCACGUCGCUCGCGACGAUCCUCUCGACCGUCGACGGGUUGCGUCCACACCAGGUGGCACACCUCGAGCAGCACGUCUGGCCCGCGUUUCAUGCUAAGGGAGCGCAGCUGGCGGCGACGGCCCGCGACGCCUUGAACUACGAGGCGGCGACUGGCCACACGGCCGUGGAGCGGCAGCUGCGCGCGAUGGACGAGCGCCAUCAGCGGCAGCUCGAGGCGCAGCAAGCUGUCUUUGCGGAACAGCUCGAGACGCAGCGGCUGGCGACCGACGCACAGCUGAUGGCGAUGGAGAGACGGCUGGCGACGCUCAUCCAGAGUUUGCGUCCGUCCGGCGGCGCGCCAUGACUUGCCCCGGCCUUUCUGCGAGCGGCGAUGAAACACUAUUUCAUGAUAGCAAUACACAUGAUAUCGUGUGCGGUCCAACCGAUCGAUGUAGUGUGAGAGAACGUGAAAUGGUGUACGCCGGAAUCUCCUGUGGAAGCGUAUUAAAAAGUAAUAGCAUUUUAUU